AUGAGGAGCUCUUUAGCCACGGGUUGGAUAGCCCAGACAUUUGUGAAAGAUAUCCUCAUUGACCCCGCUACGCGAGGAGUCACCGACAUUCGCCAUGUUGUGACGGCGGUAGCUUCAUCUUCUUCCGUCUCGUCGGCAGAAAAGUUCGUUGCCAACUUCGUCUCCCCUUCUCAAUCCACCAAAUCUGCCGCCUACGGCUCCUACGAAGAGCUGGUGAAAGACUCCAGCGUCGACAUCAUCUAUAUCGGGUCUCCACACUCUCAUCACUACCAAAAUGCUAUGCUGUGCCUCAGCCACAAUAAGCCUGUGCUUUGCGAAAAGGCUCUCACAGUCAAUGCCGCACAGGCAAAGAACCUGUACAAGACUGCGAAGGAGAAGAAUCUGUUCUUCAUGGAGGCCGUAUGGACGAGAUACUUCCCUCUCAGCAAAGCGAUCAGGAAACAUAUAUCAGACAAUGACCUCGGUGAAGUGAUUCGCGUCACCUCCGACUUGAGCAUCGGCGCCAUACCCGAGAACGAUUUUGAUCUCGGCCAUCGCAUGGUAAACCUCGAUCUGGCCGGCGGCGCACUCCUAGACCUGGGGAUCUACAGCUUGACCUGGGUGUUUCAGACGAUAUACCAUACACUAUCGGCAGAGCUGCAACAGCAAUCACGUCCAAGGGUGGUUGGUGCAACAAUGACACCCGAACCACGGACCGGUGCUGAUGAGUCAACACUAAUGCUCCUCGAAUUCCCCAAGUCCACUCCCACGGGCAAAACGAAAACACACGCUGUCGCCACCACCGCCUUUCGCGUCAGCGAUGACCCUGCGCGCAAUCACGAGGGAAAAGGAGAUAUAGAGACACCUGCUGUACGCAUCCAGGGCGAGAAGGGGGAAAUACAAGUAUAUGGCCCCAUCUACCGGCCGACGAGAUAUAGAUUGGUGCCCAAGGAUAAAGGAUCGGAUAUUCUGGAUAAGCGUUUUGAGUUUGAAGGUGGUGCACAUGGCAUGAUGGUGCGUACCACAGCCCCAUUCCUCAUUCGAAUCCUGUCGCCGAGUCAGCCACUGAUGUUUAUGCAGUACGAAGCCGACGAAGCCGCUCACUGCCUGGUCGCAGGCAAGCUGGAGUCCGAGGGCCUACCAUGGGCAGAGUCGACACUGAUCAUGGAAAUUAUGGACGAAGUCAGAAAGCAAGGCGGGCUCGUCUACCCAGACGCGAUUGAGAGCACGGACUACCCCGUCAAGCUAACUGCGAAAGCGUCGUAG